GGGAAAACGAGCCUAAACAUUUUCCAGCCGAUCUCAAAAUGGCCGCCGAUCUUCUCCUCCACACGUAAACAAGACGAGCGGGAGGGGAGACAAGAUGCUGGGCGAGAGGAAGGAUGCCGACUGCUACUUCUACUACUACUCCUCCUGCUCAAAGGGUGAUGGCUGCCCUUUCCGCCACGAGCCCUCGGCCCUCCGCAACGAGACUGUCUGCCAUUACUGGAAGGCGGGCAAGUGUGCCAAGGACAAGUGCAUUUUCCGACACAUGGAGGUCAACAGGCAGAGAGACAAGAUUCCCUGCUACUUUGAGAGCCAGCCGGGAGGAUGCAAGAAAGCACAUUGCCCUUUCUUCCACACAGAGAUUAAGACGCAGGAGGAGGUGGAGAGAGCAGAAGGCGUGAUAUUUCCAGUGAGCAGUAAGGUCCUUACUGCUACUACUACUACUACUACUACUACUGCUACUACUACUACUGCUACUGCUACUACUGCUGCUACUUCUGCCACACCUCCACCACCACUGAGCAAGGAGAUCAUUGUAUCCUUAAUUGAUGAGAGUGACCAGGAGAGCAUUCCAUCGCCUGUGAAGAAUAAGGGAGAAGAGGAAGAGAAGAAGAGGAAGAGGAAGAAGGAAGAGGAGGAGGAGGAGGAGGAAGAGAUUAUACAAACCAUCAUUUUAGAAGAGGAAGUGGUCGAGGAGGAAGAGGAACAAGACAUCCCUAAGAAGAAGCUGCAGAUCCUCUCGACCAAUCAGGACCUUCGCUCUCUCCUCUCAAGGCAGCCGGCCAAUCAGAAGCCUCGCCUCUCCCAGGGCCAGAGCCAGCCAGCCAAUCACAGCGCAGGGUUCCAAAAGUUGCCAGAAACCACCGAUUUGGACCAGAAAAAAGGCGUUUAUGGACAACCUGGCAACCGGAGGCGACUUCUGACAGCCAAUAGGAGCCCAGGAAGCCCCUUUGAGCCGGCCAAUCAGAACGCAGCAUUCGAAAAAGGCUCAAAAAUCGCAGAAACAUCCGAUUUCGACGCGGAAAAAAAUGCCGGUAUGGGAAUUGAGGGCAUUUUUGGGCAUUCCACCAAUCGGAGGCGACUUCUGGCAGCCAAUAGGAGCCCGGGAAGCCCCUUUGAACCGGCCAAUCAGAACGCGGCGAUCUGUAAGCUCCCAAGAUCGCCAGAAUUCGCUGAUUUUGACGCGGAAAAAAGCGUUGACGAGCGGAACGACCCGAUUUCCGCCGACUCGGAAGGUCAUAGACGCCUGAAAUUACCGGGCCAUAAGCGGAAGAGGGGGGAGGGGGGGGAGGGGGCCGGCAGGGUGCGAGCGAGUGCCAAUAAGUGCCAGACCCUCCUUGGAACGGCCCUGAGGGAAGCGAUUGGCGGAGGGAACUUUCGGAGAGAUGGAGAGAAACUUCGGAGGAAAGAUACUGGAGGGGUGAGGGAGAGACUAGGAGGGAGGAGGAGUCUGGUGUCUUCCUCCUCCUCUUCCUCCUCUUCUUCCUCCUCCUCCUCCUCUUGUGUGAAGGCUAGGUUAGGUUUACCCCCCUCCUCCUCCUCCUCCUCCUCCUCCUCCUCCUCUUCUAUAAAAGGAAGACUAACCAUUUCCUCCUCUCUUCUUCCUCCUCCCUCCUCCUCCUCCUCCUCCUCUUCCUCCUCUUCCAUUAAAGGUAGACUAACCACAUCUUCUUCUCUUCCUCCUCCUCCUCCUCCUCCUCCCUCCUCCUCCUCCAAGAAACCCAGGCUAUCCAGAUCUCCUCCUCCUCCUCCUCCUCCUUCCUCCUCCUCCUCCUCCUCCUCCUCCUUGGAUUUCACUGUUAAGAGUUUAGCCCAAAUUCGUGCUCUGAAAAAUACUACCACUACUACUACUACUACUACUACUACUACUACUAUCCAAGGUCCCCCCCCUCCCCCCCCUACUACUACUACUACUACUACUACUGCUGCUGCUGCUGCUAUUACUGAGGAAGAAGAACUGCUACUCUUUGGUGAUGUUUUGGACUCCGAUGAAGAGAUUUUUGACGAAGAUGAACUGCUUUUGUGAGUAGAAAAGUGUUGAUAAAAGUGGAGAUAGAGAGAGAACGAGAGGAGAUAGAGAGGAACGGAUAACACGAGGAGAAAGAGGAAAGAUUGUUCUAUAAGUGGAGGGAAAGAGGAGGAGGAAGACCAAGAGGAAAGAGGAGAAAUAAAGAGGCAAAGAGGAAGGACAUAUUGCCAACCUGCAUAUUUUGGAAGACUGGGAAAUGGAAAAGUUGUAAUAAAAGUGGAGAUAGAGAGAGAACGAGAGGAGAUAGAGAGAAACAGAUAACACGAGGAGAAAGAGGAAAGAUUGUUCUAUAAGAUGACGUAAAGAGGAAGAAGUGGAGCAAGAGGAAAGAGGAGAAAUAAAGAGGCAAAGAGGAAGGACAUAUUGCCAACAUACAGAUUUUGGAAGACUGGGAGAUGGAAAAGUUGUAAUAAAAGUGGAGAUAGAGAGAGAACGAGAGGAGAUAGAGAGAAACGGAUAACACGAGGAGAAAGAGGAGAGAUUGUUCUAUAAGAGGAGGGAAAGAGGAGGAGGAACAACAAGAGGAAAGAGGAGAAAUAAAGAGGCAAAGAGGAAGGACAUUGCCAACAUACAGAUUUUGGAAGACUGGGAGAUGGAAAAGUGUUGAUAAAAGUGGAGAUAGAGAGAGAACAAGAGGAGAUAGAGAGGAACGGAUAACACGAGGAGAAAGAGGAAAGAUUGUUCUAUAAGUGGAUGUAAAGAGGAAGAAGUGGAGCAAGAGGAAAGAGGAGAAAUCAAGAGGCAAAGAGGAAGGACAUUGCCAACUCAUGUAUUUUGUGAGAGGACUUCUAUUACUAAAAGACAUGUAUAUAGAGGUUGAGUUAAGUUCUUAAAUAUGUGACACGACUUUUUGUGGCCCUUGUACAAAUAACAAUAAUAAUAAUAAAAUGUAUAUUAUUA